AUGAUAAAUCAGGAAUCAGCCAUCUCCGGCGACUUCUACUACCUCAAAGCGCAGGCCUACCGCACGCUGGACAUGGACAAUGAGGAGCCGUACCAGGUGUCCACUACCUUCCUCCGGUCCUGCGCCCUCCUCGAGUCCCUCCUCUCCGACCAGCUGGUGAUCAACCUCGACGUGAACGGGAAACCAGAGACAAAGACGUACCUACAGCGCAUUGAGCAGGAACGCCAGGAGAAGCUUCGCGGCGCCAAGCAGGACAACCGAUCCUUCCUCGCCAAAUACUGGAUGUACAUCGUGCCCGUGGUCAUCUUCAUGGUCAUCUCCGGAAUGAACCCUGAAGGCGGUGCCUCAGG